GGCUGCGGCGGCGGCGGCGGCGAAGGGGUGGAGGGGUUUGCAGCCGGCAGUUGCUGAGCUGCGGCGGCCGAGGCGGUAUGGCGUAGUCGGGCCUGCGGGCGGGCGGCGGAGCGCGGGCGGGGACGAGGCGGCCGGGGCUGGCCGACGCCGCCCGACGGGCUCGGGAGCCUGGCAGCACGCUGAGGGGGCGGCGCCGCCGCGGGAGGCCGCGCCCGCCAUGGCGGCCCGGGCGGUCCUGGAUGAGUUCACGGCGCCGGCCGAGAAAGCGGCGCUGCUGGAGCGGAGCCGCGGCCGCAUCGAGGGCCUGUUCGGCGUGAGCCUGGCCGUGCUCGGCGCGCUUGGGGCCGAGGAACCGCUGCCCGCGCGCAUCUGGCUGCAGCUCCACGGGGCGCCGGAGGCGGUGCACAGCGCCAAGGAAUAUAUUAAAGGGAUCUGUGAACCUGAGCUAGAAGAAAGGGAAUGUUACCCCAAGGCCAUGCACUGCAUUUUCGUUGGGGCAGAGAGCCUGUUUCUGAAGAGCUUGAUUCAGGAUACUUGUGCCGACCUCUGCAUUCUGGAUAUUGGCCUGCUUGGCAUCCGAGGAAGUGCCGAGGCCGUAGUCAUGGCUAGGAGUCACAUUCAACAGUUUGUAAAACUCUUUGAGAAUAAUGAGAACCUACCCAGCAGUCAGAAAGAAUCAGAGGUGAAAAGGGAAUUCAGACAAUUUGUUGAAGCCCGUGCAGACAAUUAUACAAUGGAUUUGUUAAUUUUGCCCACUUCAUUGAAAAAAGAACUUUUGACGCUCACACAAGGUGAGGAGAAUCUAUUUGAAACAGGAGAUGAUGAUGUUAUUGAAAUUAGAGAUUCUAAACAAACAGAGUUUACGCAGGAUGCUGCCACAGGGCUAAAUAUUUCCAAAGAUGAAAUUGUUUUGCAGGAAGAUGAAAGAAAUAAAGCUGGGACUCCUGUUACUGAGCUUACAAAGCAAAUGGACUCAAUCUUUUCUAGCUCACCAGAUGUGCUUUUCGUUCCAGUAAAUGGCCUAACCGUAGAUGAAGCGCUUUCCAAAGAGAGAGUUUGUUACAAAAGGAGAUCUUCUGAUUCUGAAGAAAGACAUACCAAGAAGCAGUUUUCUUUGGAAAAUGUUCAAGAGGGGGAGCUUUUACAUGAGAGUAAGACCUCAGUCGGAAAUGUAAUCAUCGACCUAUCUGAUUCUUCUACCAGUUCUGAAAAUUUAAGUCCAGAUGUAAAAGACACUACUGCGGAGAUGGAAUACAACAUCCUCGUAAACUUUUUUAAAACCAUGGGCUAUUCCCAAGAAAUUGUUCAAAAGGUUAUUAGGGAGUAUGGGCCAUCUACUGAACCAUUAUUGCUCUUAGAGGAAAUUGAAAAAGAAAAUAAAAGGUUCCAAGAAGACAGAGAAUUUUCACCUGAUACUAUGUGUCCAGAGAGCAACAAAACCAAAAAUAAAGAUGUUUCUAACAGCAUAAAGGAGCUUUCAACAGAUUCCACUCCAAAGAAAACACAGACUCACACACAGCAAAAUAUGAUAGAAAAAUUUUCUCAGUUACCAUUCAAAGUAGAAGCUAAACCAUGUACCUCAAAUUGCAAAAUUAAUACUUUCAGAACAGUGCCGACAGAACAGAAACAUGAAAUCUGGGUUUCAAACCAGAACUAUGUUCUUAAUGUAGACCUUGAAACUGACGGGCUCUCACCUUCUGUUGCCUCAUCAAGUCCUAAAGAAGUCCAUUUUGUUUCAAGGGGAGCUUCAAGUCACCAGCCCAGAAGUCCAGCUUUUCCUGAAAAUGGUUUGCCGCAUCAAGUAGAACCCUUGUUUCCAAAUAAUAUGAAAUCUACCUGUGAAAAACGUUCAGGAUGUUGUAACUCUCCUCAGUCUAAGCCAAAUUGUCCACCCCUUUCUCCACCAGUGCCACUGUCCCAGCUACUACCUUUGGUUACCGAUGCAAGGUUGGCAGGACCUUCUGAUCAUAUUGAUUCCUCAGUUACAGGGGUCCAAAGGUUUCGAGAUACUCUAAAGGUACCCUACAAGUUGGAAUUAAAAAAUGAACCUGGGAGAACGGAUUUGAAGCACAUUGUUAUAGAUGGGAGCAAUGUUGCAAUUACCCAUGGUCUGAAAAAGUUCUUUUCUUGCCGUGGAAUUGCAAUUGCAGUCGAAUAUUUUUGGAAGCUUGGCAACAGAAACAUCACUGUAUUUGUCCCUCAGUGGAGAACAAGACGUGAUCCUAAUGUCACAGAACAGCACUUCUUAACCCAGCUCCAGGAGCUCGGAAUAUUAUCUUUGACUCCUGCCCGGAUGGUCUUUGGAGAAAGAAUUGCUUCUCAUGAUGACAGGUUUCUGCUACACUUGGCAGACAAAACUGGUGGCAUAAUUGUAACAAAUGAUAACUUCAGAGAAUUUGUGACUGAGUCCGUUUCUUGGCGAGAAAUUAUUACAAAAAGAUUGCUUCAAUAUACAUUCGUGGGGGACAUAUUUAUGGUUCCUGAUGAUCCUCUGGGAAGAAGUGGACCCCGAUUAGAAGAAUUUCUUCGGAAGGAAGUCUUUCUUAGAGACAUGCAGCCCCUACUCAAUGCCCUGCCAAAUGUGGGCAUCUUUGACCCCAGCUUCAGAGUCCCUGGCAACCAGGCAGCCAGCACCAGCCACCAGCCUCCCACCCGGAUUCAGGGAGCCCCUCCUAGCCACUGGCUUCCUCAGCAGCCCCACUUCCCACUCCUGCCGAACCUUCCCAGUAUCCAGCAGAAUCUGCCCAUGCCAGCACAGAGAUCUUCUGCGGAAACCAGCGAGCUGAGGGAAGCCCUUCUGAAGAUCUUCCCUGACUCAGAGCAGAGACUGAAAAUUGACCAGAUCUUGGUGGCCCAUCCGUACAUGAAAGAUCUGAACGCGCUCUCUGCCAUGGUGUUGGAUUGAAGGUUGUGCUGAGGAGCUUGAGCUCAGGGCUCGCGGAUCAAACUCAAGCUACUGCCUGUCCCUGACGGGAACUAGCGCAAUGUGAAGAACCCGUUUCCCAGUGUAAACGCUGUUGUAUAGAAAAAAUGUUUUGUGUACAAAAAAUCUGGGUUUUCAAAACCAGCUUUUUUCUAUAUAUAAAUUUUGCUGCUAUUACAGAUUUAACAUUUUCUGUAAAAGGAAAGCCUACAUUUUCUGCCUGUUCGGAACUGUUUAAUAGCAGUUACUCUUGAGUGUAUUUACAUUUUUAUGUUUUUUAAACUAUUUUCCUUAAAGCUGAAAAUAUUGACAAAUGGAUAUGGUUAGCCUUUCUAAAUAAAAAAGAGUUGCUUUCUUAAGGAAAGCAAGAUCUCUUAAAGUAUAUUUUCUUGAGAUGAAUAUGUCAUGUCCACUAACAUGAAGUGUGCUCACCCCUCCCAGCCUCCUCUGCCCUCACCCCCAGAGUUGGAGUCAGUAGGAGUUAGUUGGUUGGCUUCUGUGGGGUCUUUUGUUGAAGCCAUGUGUGGGAGUGGACCAGUGGUGCCACUAGAUGGCACUUUGUGCCUAGCCAUUGUUAAUGACCAGGGCAAAGUCAGACUCACAGAAUAACAGGGCUAGAAGAAGUGUUGAAGUUCGUGUAGUCCCCACCCUCCUUCCCCUUCCACCCUACAGAAGAGGAACAGAGGCCCGGAAUGCUCACCUCCUGGACGGGCCACGUCCACGGCCGUGGAGUGGCUGGGCAGGGACCAAACUCCUCAGCCAGUGCUCUCAUGCACUCACCGGGCUGGGGCCUCCACACACCUGACUUGACUCUAGAAGUCUUGUCUUAGCCUCUGAAGACCAUGGCAGGGUGUAAGGAAGUUUAAUGAAGAGCUCCAUCAUUGUGGCCAUCUUGUGUCCAGAACCAUGGGAGAUGUCCCGAUGUAGAAUUUGUGCAGCUUUGCCAAAAAGCGGUUUUCUAUUCUCAAGAAUGACCCAAGCCGAUAAAUAGCAUUAGUAACUUCCGUGGGGUCCCAGAGCCCCUGUAUUUAUUUUUCCUGUGUUUUCUCCUUAGUGUCCUCGUAAACAAUCUUUCCUGUGAGUCUUUCUCAGAAUUGAUAUCUUAGUAUUAUCUUUUUUCAGUGUUGCCCAAAUUCUGUGUCAGUGAAGUUCUUUUCCUGGGCAAUUUUUAACAUCUUUACUCUUAUCUCGACCUCAAAGGGCUUUGUAUUCUACACCUGUGCGCUCCCCAGCCUGCUCGUGGUCAAGUUCCCAUCUGCUCUCUGGACCAUCUCUCUCUCCCAGCCCCCGGGACAGUGGCUGAGGUCUGGGUGCUUGUUGGUUCUUCAUGGUGAGGGGCCUGGGUGGCAUCCCAGAAUGUUCCUGCCAGGCGCGUUUCCUCUUAGGUUUGUUUGAUGCCUGCAUCCCUCAGGACAAAGCCAGAGCCCUCCAGGUGGCCAGACUUGUACCUCAAUCUUAUUUCUCUCGGAUGCCUUGCUGCAUCCUAAUGUGAAACUGGUUGUCCCCUGUCUCUUUGGGGCAGGUUGCCAGGUCGCCCGGCUGUGGAAGUAGAGGUAGAGACUUGAGGCAAGCCUGGAAGGUGGCUUCAGCCACAGCCCCUGUGCCUGGGCUUCUCAGCGGGUGGUUUUCAGCAGCACAGCAGAGGUGUGAGGGCCCAGCUGUCUGCAGUGGCCUUGACCUGCCAGCUGGAGUUCAGUCCAGCAGCCUUGCCAAUCCAGUAUUUCUCCUCGCUUUCAGAGAAGAGACACAGGGUGGAACUGGCUGGGCUGAGGGGGUCUUGGGUUUUCCAGGCUCUAGAAGCAACUUGACCUUUGACCUGUGACCCUUGAGUUUCUGAGAGAUCUACCUGCCCUCUUCCCCUUCCUGGGCAUGGGAGGGACCCAGCAGGAGGAAUGCAGAAAAGCUUAAGUGCUUACCUUUAUAAAUGGUAAUGAGACAAUUCACAGUUUUUCUGAAAUCCAUCAAAUUCAGUUAAAUUUAGUUAAUUACCAAACCAUUAAAAAAGGACUCAUUGGCCGGGCGUGGUGGCUCAACGCCUGUAAUCCUAGCUCUCUGGGAGGCCGAGGCUGGCGUAUCGCUGGAGCUUGGGGGUUCAACACCAGACUGAGCACAGUGAGACCCCGUCUCUACAAAACAGAAACAAGAAAAACAAAAAUAAAAAGGACUCAUUACCUGUUCUCAGCCUCCUCCUAGCGCUGGGCCCAGCGUUGCUGCUAAGUCAGUGCUUUCCGUGGGCCUCAGCCACUGCCUGGGCGUGGCCACGGUGACACUUCCUCAGGCUUCCCUGUGGCUCAGCAUUAAUGUGGUGUGGCUGACAGGGCAGAGCAUGUCACCCACAUUCAACAGACCAGGUGUCUUGCUGGAGAGUUUGUGCAGGGUCAGGAGUGGCCGGUGGGGCUGGGUGACGCCCGUGCCUCUGUCCUUAGCGCCCAGGCCGCGCUCUGGGAGCCUCUCUGAGGAGUGUGGGAGACCCUGCAGCCGUGUUGCUGGGGACCCGGGCCUGGUGCGGGCCUUUGGUAGCAGUGAAAGGAGAGAUGGCAUCGGUCUUAUGUAGGCUUGUCGUGUUCCUUGUGGAAGGAGGGCCGUGUGCUUUAGGCGACUCUCAGCCUGGUACUGCCCCGCACCUCAGACCCCCGCCUGCCUCCUGCCCACCCUCCUCGCGGGGCUUGCUCGUCCCCACCUGCCCUGCGACCACCACCUCUCCUCUCCUGCCUGGAGUCAGUCCCUCCUACUCACCUCCAUUUCAUUGUCUACCUCGCCAUCUAGCCUGCCUCCUUCAGAUCCUUUAGAGUAAAGCCCGAUUCCCUAAGGAUCCCGCCUGGCCGUGGCUCUGCCUCCCGCGCCUCACUCCCCAGUCUGCACACCCGGCCCUCGCCCUCCACUCGUGGCUGGAGUCCGUGGCCUGUGCUCAGCCCGGGUCGCAGGGCGCACACGCGGCAGCCACAGCUUUUGCUACCGUGGGGCCUUUUCCCUAUUUUCUGAGAUUUCCCUCUCUCCUGGACGUCUUCGUUCUUUUUUGUCCCUUCUUUUACCUAAAAGUCAGUCCUUAAACCCUUCUCUUUCUCAACAGGCGGUUCCCCAAUGUUGGCCCGCCUGUGGGGCCAGGUGGAGGGGGAGCUCAGGUUGAAAAGGCAGCUUGCUGUGUGGUGCCCCCGAUUCGCUCACGCGGCAGCCCGGCGGCAGGGCCCGGGAACCUGCAAGCCCAGCACGGUCCUGCGUGAUGCCCGUGCGGGUGGCCGUAGGCCGCAUCCUGAGAAACUGCCCUCACUCUUAGGGGUCUCACUCUCCCUAACCUCGCUGCCCCCCCCCCGCCCCCUCCUUUGCUCACCGCUGCCCACUAGCCCUGCUCUCACGGCCGCCCUGGGCAGGGGGCCCCAACCAGCCAGCCCCCAUCAGCUCCCCCUCUCCCACAGUGCUCAGUGCUGCCAGAUUGCUCUUCCUUCUGGUCACCCCUCCUGUUCAGUGACACCCAGUGGUAUUUGACCCAGCAUCAGGCUCAGACGCCCGAGCUGAGCGUUCCCAGCCGUGCGCAGCCCUCCCCAUGCCUCCCGCAGCCACGCAGGGUUCGCAGGUGCCCGCAGGCGCCCGCCCACCCGAGUGCUUCUCCCUGCUAGACCCGCGCUCCCAAAGGGCUUCCCUCUUCAAGGCCGGCCGAGUCCUCCGCGCCCCUGCCCAGUGCUGCCGCGCAGGAGCGGCCCCGCGUGUUCCGUGACACCACAGCGCUUCGUGUCUCGCCUCUGGCACCUGCCGCUCUGGCUGGUGUCACCGCAGCUGAUCGUGUACCGCGUCUUACCUCCCGUUUUAGACUGUGAGCUCCUCGCGGGCAGGGACCAUCUGUGUUUACUCUGUAUUUCCCGUGGCGCCUAGCACAGUGACUUGCACUUGGCAGGUGCUCAAUAAAUGUCUGCUCAAGCGAA